CUGCGCCUGCGCAUGUAUUGUCCCUCCUGAGUUGCCGUAGCUUCGUUGUCCUCCUCACAAAACCGUUUUGUGAUGCUGAGGAGCAGAGAAGCGGACAGUAGGAGACAGUAGACCAGAAGCCAUUCAUGUGAGAUUGUCUUCUGCAGCAGACGAGCGCUGAGUCAUCUGGAAAAACACACCUGAGGGAGACGUGCAGAGAGAUUGGACAGUGUUGUUUCCCAGCACAGAAGGAAAAGGACGAAGUUACGUAACAUUGUGAGACAUAACACAGAGACAGAGACACACAGACAGUCGUUGUCACUGAGCGAGAGGUGAAAUGGCACAGAAAGGAGUUGAGCUGGUCCAGGAAGCCUUCUCUUGUUCCAUCUGUCUGGAUCUCCUGAAGGAUCCGGUGACUACUCCCUGUGGACACAGCUACUGCAUGAACUGUAUUAAAAGCCACUGGGAUGGAGAGGAUCAUAAGUCCAGCUACAGCUGUCCUCAGUGCAGGAAGACGUUCACACCGAGGCCUGUACUGCUGAAAAACUCCAUGUUAGCAGAUUUAGUGGAGGAGCUGAAGAAGACUGGACUCCAAGCUGCUCCUGCUGAUCACUGCUAUGCUGGAGCUGAAGAUGUGGCCUGUGAUGUCUGCAUUGGGAGGAAACUCAAAGCACACAAGUCCUGUCUGCAAUGUCUGGCUUCUUUCUGUGAGAAACACCUUCAGUUUCAUUAUGAAUCAGAGACAUUCAAGAAACACAAGCUGGUGGAGCCGUCCAAGAAGCUCCAGGAGAACGUCUGCUCUCGUCAUGAUGAGGUGAUGAAGAUGUUCUGCCGUACUGAUCAGCAGCUUGUCUGUUAUCUCUGCUCUGAGGAGGAAGUCUCCGCUGUGGGAGAGACAGCUGAGAGGCAGAGAGAGCUCGAGGGGAGUCGACAAAACAUCCAGCAGAGAAUCCAGGACAGAGAGAAAGAUGUGAAGCUGCUUCAACAGCAGGCGGAGGCCAUCAAUCUCUCUGCUGAUAAAGCAGUGGAGGACAGCGAGAAGAUCUUCACCGAGCUGAUCCGUCUCCUGGAGAAAAGAAGCUCUGAUGUGAAGCAGCAGGUCAGAUCCCAGCAGAAAAGAGAAGAGAGUCGAGUCAGAGAGCUUCAGGAGAAGCUGGAGCAGGAGAUCACUGAGCUGAAGAGGAAAGACGCUGAGCUGAAGAAGCUCUCACACACAGAGGAUCACACCCAGUUUCUACACAACUACCCCUCACUGUCACCACUCAGCCAAUCAGCAUCCAGCAUCCAUAUCUGUCCUCUGAGCUGCUUUGAGGACGUGACAGCAGCCGUGUCAGAAGUCCGAGAUAAACUACAGGACGUCCUGAGAGAGAAGAGGACAAACGUCUCACUGACAGGGACUGAAGUGGAUGUUUUACUGCCACCACCAGAGCCCAAGACCAGAGCUGGAUUCUUAAAAUAUUCACGUGAAAUCACACUGGAUCCAAACACAGCAUACACAUGGCUGUUAUUAUCUGAGGGGAACAGGAAAGCUACAGUAAUGAGUGAACAACAAUCUUAUUCUAGUCACCCAGACAGAUUCACUGAAGAGUGGCAGGUCCUGAGUAGAGAGAGUCUGACUGGAUGUUGUUACUGGGAGGUGGAGAGGAGAGGGAGAGGAGUUGAUGUAGCAGUCACAUACAAGAAUAUCAGCAGAGCAGGGGCGUCUGAUGAAUGUGGAUUUGGACGAAAUGACAAAUCUUGGGCGUUAUAUUGUAAAAACAACAGUUAUACAUUUUGGUCCAACGAUGUCCAAACUCCCGUCUCAGGUCCUGAGUCCUCCAGAGUAGGAGUGUACCUGGAUCACAGUGCAGGUAUUCUGUCCUUCUACAGCGUCUCUGAAACCAUGACUCUCCUCCACAGAGUCCAGACCACGUUCACUCAGCCCCUCUAUGCUGGACUUGCGCUUGUUGGUUAUACUGGAGUCUCUGCUGAGUUUUGUAAACAGAAAUAGACAGAAGUCAUUUAAGGGUUAAAUUCUGUUUGAACUCUUCGACUUAUUCAGUCUCUGUUUGUUGCUGAGAGUUGAUUGGUUGUAAUGUUCUAUUUUUUUUUCAAUGGUUUUUUUGUCAGUGUUUUCGACGUGUUUCAUGUGUUUACACGU